GGUGGAUUGAGCGAUAGGAGAGUCCUCUCUCACCAGCAUAUGAGCAAUUAUCUUUGGCGCUACUAUCUCGAGAAUGACGUUGGAAAGUUUCAGCGUCUUCUGGCGGGCUCGGCUUCGAGCUCGUAUUCCCGUGGCGCCAGCGGAUCUUCAGCAACGGGGUUAACGACAAACUCUCCCGCUCUGUCAAAACAGCACCAACCAUCUAGCGAUGGAAAACCCAGACCAGGAUCCCCACCGACGAACAUCGUUAUUACGAAACAGUCACUGAAAGAAUUGGAUACUUUUGGGAGGACUAUUUUGCACUUGGCCUGUAGCACCUCCGACAGCGGUGGUCUCCCGUUUGUGGAAGCAUUACUGACACAUCCACUCACCGACCCGUGCAUACAGGACUUGGAAUCGGGAUGGACUGCGUUACACCGUGCACUUUACCACGGGAAUAUAUCUGCUGCCAGAGCUAUUCUUUCGAAUAACUUAUCCACUGUGAAGGUUAAGGAUCAUGCUGGAGACAGUCCAUUUGAGGUGUUUGAGGCUUCAGUUCAUGGAAUUGAAAAGCUGUUUUUACGAAAAAGCAAAAGUGUCCCUCGUUCAGACAACAUAGAAGGCGAGGAUGAAAUCUUACCGGGCCGGCAAGGGCGGGAAGCUUCUCAUUCUGACGAUGAAGGUGGCGACGAGAUUUUUGCCUUCGGAUCUAACAAGAACUUAACCUUGGGCUUUCCGGAUGGAGAUGACCGCUCCUACCCCGAGCGAGUGCCGAUCCAAAGAAGCGAGAAGCAGCUUCUACAACUGGUUAAGGACAGAUUCCAUAAUACCGACGGAGAUAUCAAAGAACUACUCGGUUCCACAACAUUGUUUGCCCCGUUACGUAUUUUGGAUGUUCAACUGUCUAAGCUUCAUACUGCUGUUUUAACCAGCGACUUGAGUAGUAACCUUUAUGUCUGUGGGUUUGGUCGGGGAGGGCGAUUGGGAUUUGGAGACGAACAAACCCAGUUCACACUUCGCCCGUUGGCGUCGCCGCUUUUUCCAAAGCGGAGAGUUAUUGGAGUAGCUUUGGGGCUCGAUCACACUGUCGUUGUUUUCGAUGAAGGUGACGUUUGGACAUGGGGAUCCAACACCUGGGGGCAGCUUGGGUACAUCAUUCAGCGGAAGACUCCACAGGACGAACCUAUCCAGACGACUCCACGGCAGGUUUUCGGACCUUUGAAACGGGAGAGGGUCAUUGGUUGCGCAGCAUCGAGAAUUCACACUGCUCUGGUUACUGAUAAUUCUCUGUUCACGUUUGGCAAGAACGAUGGCCAACUGGGGAUUCUUGACUCUUUAGACACAAGAACGCUGGCAUCACAAACAACACCUCGCAAAGUGGCUGCUACGUUUUUGACUGUGUCGUCCAAAAUAUGCGAUGUUGCUGCUAUCGACAAAGCUACAGCAGUACUUCUUAAUAAUGAGGAGGUCUGGAUUUUAGCCAACUUCGGAUAUUAUAAAUUGAAACUUCCUUUCCAAAGAGGAUUGUAUCGGAGCCCCGUAUCCCAAUUUUCGAAGCACAGCGGGGGCCAUUCCCUGAGCAAAAUUACUGGUGGGGGCGAUACACUAUGUGUACUCAGUGUUUCGGGUGAUAUUUUCACUCUCGAUGCCGGGUCGUUCGUGAGAGAAAGCGCUGGGAAGGGUCCAAGAACCGGCAAGAUUACAACAGUAAGAGCUUGGAGUUUGAAGAAGGAACAUAUGGCUGCUAGAGAUGUAGAUGUUGGUCAUGAUGGAUCUAUCAUUUUGUGCACAAAAAAUGGAAGUGUUUGGAGAAGGGUCGAACGAGUGAAGAGGAAGGAAAACCGUGCUCUUGGAAUCGAAGGCAGCCGGUACAAAUUCGAGCGGGUGCCUGGGUUGACCAAAAUUGUUGUUAUUAGAAGCAACAAUUUUGGAGCAUACGCCGCCAUCCGAAGGGAUCCCAAUGUCAUGAAGACCGGAUUACUGGUUGACGAUCACAUGCUCUGGAAAGAUCUUGGGCCUCUCCUACCUUUCACUGGCGCAUUCGGUAAUCGCAAGCAACCGGACGAUAGCAAGGACAAGAUCCAGACCCGCACACCUCCACGGACACCAGAGGGAUAUGUUACGGCUGUCAAAUGGUUCAUGAGUUCCUCUUUGAAAUCGGAACUUCGCGAGUACCUUUCUUAUCCAGAAUUAUCCGGAUCAGAGGACUGCGAUGUCUUGGUGUCGACUUCAAAUUGCCCGGAGAUUAAUAUCCCAGCUCACAAGGUCUUCCUCGCUGCAAGAUCGCCGGUUCUGAGAAACCUCUUUGUUGAGGGGGCUCAGUGUGCUAGCGAUGUAGGUGAAUUCACCCCGUCAACCACUCCCGAGGAGAAAGCGCGAUUAGUUUUCAAAGACAUCAAAUUACAGACACUACUGAUUCUAUUGUACUACGUCUACGCUGAUUCCCUUGUUGAUAUUUGGAAUCAGAACAACAUUCACCAUUCUAGAAUGCAACACUAUAGAGUUAUCCGGUCUGAGCUUUCAUCGAUUUCCUCCCUGAUUGGUCUCGAUCACCUCGCAAAGGCCCUAGAAGUAGCUCCUCAUCCUUCCUGUUCCAUGAAUAGGGAUUUUUCGAAUGCCCUAUUAGGUCCUUCGCGCUCGAAAUUCGAAGAAUCGGCAGAUAUGAUGAUUGAACUUGCAAAUGGGGAAAGUAUGUUGGCCCAUUCAGUCAUCAUGAAAGCUCGCUGUCCGUUUUUUAAAGCUCUAUACGGUAGCAGCGGGCGGUGGCUUAUCCAGAGGCGCGAGCAAGGCAUCGUCAAGGUUGAUAUGAAGCAUAUAUCGAAACCCGUCAUGGACAUGGUGGUCAAUUGGCUGUACUCGGACUGGGGUGUCGAAGGCUUUGAUGGUGUCAAGGUUGGGAAGGAGAGUGGAAAGGUUGAAGAAUUCAUAGACUUUGUCUUGGAGGUAUUAAGUGUUGCGAACGAGCUGAUACUGGGCAGGCUGUGCCAAGUAUGUCAAAAGAUCCUAGGGCGCUACGUCAACACGAGGAACGCUGCGUAUAUGUUGACGGCUUUGGCCGGCUGUUCGGAGAAUGGUUUCAAGGAUAUGUGUAUGCAAUACAUCUGCUUAAAUAUGGAGACUAUGCUCGAGAAUCACCUCCUCGACGAAUUAGAUGCCGAUCUCAUGAUGGAUCUAGAUGGUGUCGUGAAGUCUGUUCAGCGGCAGCUUUUCCCACACUCCCGAACCGGAGUUCAAGAGGAGCUACUUCGAGGGAUAUAUCCUGAUAUGCAUGAGAUAGCAGCCAAGGAAAAGGAAGCCCUGAUUGCAUCGUAUUUACCGGAAGGAAAUGAUACUGCCACUAUUUCUACUUCGUUCAAGAACAGCCGAGUAGGAAGUUAUGCCGGGACCCUGACACCUUUCGGAUCUCCUCACGCGCAGAAGGCGAAAAUAAAAGCGAGCAAGGAGUCUAUUAGAAUAGGGGCCAGCCCAACUACUGAGCCACAUGCAGGUGGGGAAAUGAUCUUUGAUAUGGAUGGGGAGGGCUCGGGAAUUGGUUUUGCUCUCGAGGUAGCCAAGGCUGAGGAAACAGGGCUUCGAAAUGCGUGGGCUUCUCCAGGGACCCCGUCCAAAGCCACCCGAACAGGAUGGUAUCCUAGUCCAGCCUCUAGUAUCCCAAGAGCAUCAGGUGGCUGGGUGGAUGUAAAGGGUAAAAGCAUUGGUACCCCCUCAUCCAAUCCGGAUUUACAACUUCUAGCCGGUGGUUCGCCUCGUUCGCAUGAAUUGCCUACUCCGACCAAAAUCCCGACUACACCAUCCAAACCAUGGGGAGCUUCUCCGAUAUUGUUGGGAGACAAGAAACUAGACAUGAAGGAGAUAAUGAAACAAGCAUCUUCAUCCAGGAAAUCUAAUUUGUCGACCGGCCUGUCUUCUGAAGGAAAGCUCGCUCCCGCCAAGUUAUCGCAAAAGGAGCGAAAGCGACAGGCAGCACUUGUUGCAGCUGCGUCUUCAGAGUUAGCCGUUUCUACUGAGAUUGAAACCCCGAGCACAAGCUCUGCGAAGCCCGCAUGGGCAACUGCGAGUACCAGUGCGCGAGUUAGUCUUAAAGAGGUCCUAGACAGCGAAAUUUCGGCACCUGCGCCACCUAACAUGCCGACGCCCCAGAUGCUAAAACAGAGAACCGGAGACGGUGGCGGGCGGGCCUUCAACCGAAUGAUGUCGACAACAACCCCAUCGGCAGUUCCACCUACCACACCAACAGCCCAAACCACACGCUCUUCACCACCAAUCCCGGGCACAUACCGUCCACGGCUAAAGACAGCAACCCCCACCACUCCCCCGCAGCCUGCAUUGCUCCGAAGGUCAGUAUCUACGACCCCCAUAGACCCAACACCCAAACUUUCACUUGCAGACAUCAUCUCUCAGGAAGAGGCCCAUAAGGAAGUCUUCCGCGAGCACACCGCGAAACGAAGUUUACAAGAGAUCCAAGAAGAGCAAGAAUUCAUGAGAUGGUGGGAUGCAGAAUGCGAACGAGUGAGGCUUGAGACAGCGGUAGCUCCAGAGGGACCGGUACGGCGCGGGAGUAUGAAGUCUAACGGCAGAGGCGGAGGUGGGGGCGACCCAGGGGAUGGCCAAAGGGGAGGAAGUGUUGGUGGCAUUGCAGGUGAAGGUACGGGCGGCGGUCAUAGUAAUGGUAGUGCGAGAGGUAAAGGGCGUAGGGGGCGAAGCGGGGGCAGGACUGGAGGUGGGGGUUCUGCAGAGGUAACAAAGGUUGGAGGUCCGAGUAAACGAAUGUGUUCCUAG